GUUAGUUAUGAGCAAAAUGUUUUGGUUAUCGUGUUGUGUAGUUUUAGCGACAUGUUUUUUUCAAAUGCCAACAAUCUCGGCGGGUUCUAGAGUGCAUCGUGUUCGCCGCAUUGUGGGAGGCGCACCGGCACAAGUACCGCCUGCUGAUGAUCCUAAAGUUUACCUUCGUUUCGCUGGAAAAGCUGCACAAAUUAAAGGUGUAUUAGACCAACCACAUUAUGUCUUUAGAGGAAUACGAUAUGGAUUGAAACCAUCCGGAAAAGACAGAUUUCAGCGUCCUAGACAAUAUUUCCUUGAAGGUGACAUUGAUGCAACAUUGUAUCCGCCGCCAUGUUUGCAAACAAUUCCUGGUGAUGGACGAGUCAUCGGCAGUGAAGAUUGUUUAUUCCUCAAUGUGUUUACACCUGAUUUACCUGAUGGCACUGAAGGACUACCGGUUGUUAUAUGGAUCCAUGGUGGUGGUUUUAGAUAUGGAUCAGCAUCACAAUAUGGAGUUAGAAAUUUAGUGGGAAAACAAUUGGUAAUCGUCCCGAUUCAAUAUCGUUUAGGUACAUUAGGUUUUCUUAGCACUGGUACACCUGAACUUCCUGGUAAUGCGGCUCUUUGGGACAUGGCCCUUGCAGUGCAAUGGGUUCGUAAUUAUAUAGGUUAUUUUGGUGGCAACCCACAUCGCAUCGUUGUAAUGGGGCAAGGAUCUGGUGCCAGUAGUGCUCUAAUGGUUGCAUUAUCCAACAUAGCAAAAGGUUCUAUAAGUGCGGUAGUUGCAAUGUCAGGCACAGCUAUCUCAAACUGGGCUGUGGAAAAUGCGCCAAUGAUAACUGCCCGCGAGAUUGCGGAAUAUCACGGAUGUCCAACAACAUCCGCCAUGAUUCUACUGAAAUGUUUGCAAAAUGUAAAUGCAGAGAUAAUCGCAGAAGGCGACACUAUCUUGGAACGAACGCGUUUGACCAAUCGAGGAUUCGUCACUGGCCUGAACGGAAUGCUUGGUGCUGCGCCAAAUGCAGAGGGACGUUUUGAUGGCCGGUCGCUACCGGCCGCCAUUGAACAGCCUCCAAUGGAUGAUAUGACUCAAGGAAAUAUUCCUAAAAUACCGAUUCUAACUGGUAUAACACGCGAUGAAACAAAGCGCGCGGUUGAAAGUCAAUACCAAAGUGAAAUAAUAGAGAAACUCAAGGGCAUUCCCAAUUUUAUGGACCAAGUUUUGAUUAAAAACUUACAAAAUUGUACCCAUAUUAAUGACGCUGCUAAAAAUGGUACUAAACAAAGUGGAGGAUAUUUUAAUCUCUUAAAUCCACUACAAUUUCGAAAUUAUUUAAAAAUCGCAAGAAAUAAUUUCAUUCAGGGACUAAGUAAAAUCGCUGAAGCAACAAAUGAUGCACUGUUUAAUUUACCAGCAUUUUUGACGGCUGAUUUAUGGUCUAAAAAGGGAGUCGAAUCAUAUUUGUAUCGUUUUGACCAUAUUAGUCAAAAUAAAAACGGUUUUGGUCAUUUGUUCCUUAGAGGAUUGCCUAUUAUUGGAAAUAAUACGGCAGAAUUAAACGAUACUGUAAGCCAUGGCGACGACUUGGCUUUCAUUUUCGAAGCUCGUAACCUCGACGGAUCAGCAAUGGACCCACCACCAGUACUAAGCGAAGAAGAUCUUAAGGUGUGCGACGAAUAUACGCGUAUAAUCGCUGAGUUUGCACGCACCGGAAAAAUCACCAUCGAUAAGAAACCUGUAGAGAAAUUUUCCGGAAGUAAUUUUAUUCAAAUUGCAAAGAAACCAAAGGCUAACAAUAACUUUCGGUUCUGUGAAAUGGCGCUAUGGGCGGGUCUUGCCGAUAGAUUAAAGAGUAGCACGUGUCAAUUCUUGAACGCGUUAGACACAACUGUAAAAAGUGCCGAGAACUUAUUUUUUGAUACAGUAGCGCCAGCGCAGAAAAAUAUCGGCCAAGGAUUGGCCGAUACACAGAAAGCUAUUGGCAAUACUGCACAAAAGAUCAAUCCGUUGAACCUUUUCAACCGGAAACCAGCGACGCCCAAAACAAAAACUAACUAACGCGAUGAUAUUUGAUUAUUUUAUUGGUUUUUGUUUAGGUACACGAAUACAAGCGAAAUCCAAAUAACAUAUAAUAUGUAGAAGUACAUCGAACGCAGGUUUUCAGAACUUUGUUUGUAUAGACAUCCUAAUACAGCAGAUAUACCGAGAACAAAACAAUACCUAUCGUCCAUAACCGGGAUGUGAGUGUGCGAUGUAUUUAUAACAAUGGGUCAAUUUCGUUUUUGUUAAAUCUUAAAGACACUGGGGACAUCACCACAACAUGUAAACACGUACGAAAAAUAUUCAUAUAUCCGCCCACGAUAAUCGCGCAAUUCCUCGCUCUCUCUCUCCAUAUAUAGAUAUUCUUUUUGCCUACUCACUAUGCUUAUGGAUUUACUUUGUUAUUUACAAAACGCAUUCGCAAACUUAAAUAAGUAUUUUGAUCAGUCAAUAUAAAAUAUAUGAUUCAUUGUA